UUUGAAUCUUCUGAAUGCUGCUUCAUAUGAGCAAGGGAUGCAGGAGGAUCUGCAGAGGGACGGAAUGGGAUAACAUAUGACGCUUUCAUACAGGUGAAAGGCAGCAGCUACAGCAACCACCCUAUAUCUCCCUGCACUAGCGAUCCGUAGGCUCCAAGAUCAUGCUGUUUUCCUUGUGAUUAAACCAAUAUAAGAAUUUUAAGAUGACUUAAAAGUCUUCAAAAUAGUACUUCCUAAAAAAUUGUUUUAGGUUUCCAUUCCUGAUGUGACAAAUUGACUUUCUUCAUCAGCCAUACACCGGAAAGGAGCCCACUAUGGCUGAUUCCUAUUUCAACUGUAUUCUGCUGCUGUUGCUUGUUCUAUUGUAUUCUCAGAUGAGGACAACAAAUUGUCAGGUUGAGAACUAUACAGAUGUCUUUGAACCAGUGUUGGAAUCCUUUCCAGUGAUAAUGUCCAGGGUAGAUCAUAUUAUUGUGAAGGAAGGACAGAGUGUUAUCAUUAACUGCAAUAUUGAAGGGCAUCCAGGGCCUCAUUUCCGAUGGUACAACUCAAUUGGACACUUACUUGAGGAAGACAAUGACGGAAAAUGGUGGAUUCACGACAAAGGCUUUUUAAAUAUCACAAGUGUAGCUUUUGAGGAUCGAGGCAAAUACACAUGCGUUGCUACAAAUUCCCAUGGCAGUGUGAAUAAUACUGUUACUCUGAGAGUGGUUUUCACCUCUGGUGAUAUGGGUAUCUAUUAUAUGAUAGUCUGUCUGGUAGCUUUUACAAUUGUAAUGGUUUUGAACAUCACCAGACUCUGCAUGAUGAGCAGCCAUUUGAAGAAAACUGAGAAAGCCAUUAAUGAUUUCUUUCGUACUGAAGGUGCAGAGAAGUUGCAGAAGGCUUUUGAGAUUGCAAAGCGAAUCCCUAUCAUCACAUCUGCCAAAACCCUGGAACUGGCCAAAGUUACUCAGUUUAAGACAAUGGAAUUUGCUAGAUACAUCGAGGAACUUGCAAGGAGUGUUCCUUUGCCCCCUUUAAUUAUGAACUGCAGGACUAUAAUGGAAGAAAUAAUGGAGGUUGUUGGCCUAGAAGAACAGGGACACUCAUUUAUUCGACAGGGAGCUGUUGGUCAGGAAGUCUGUGAUGCUGACGUCUUCACAAUCCCUAAUUCUUUGAAGAGAAGUGAUUCCCCAACAGCAGAUUCAGAUGCAUCUUCCGUCCAUGAUCCUCCUCGACAAAUUGCAAUAACUGUGUCCGUACACCCAUUGACAAAUAAACAAUGUUUAGAUAUAGAGUCACAUGACAGUGUUCAGUCAAGUGAGAAGGAAGAAGCCACCUCACCACCAUGCACACAAAGUUCAACAGAAGAUGCCCCUCCAUCUGAUGGUACAUCUACUUGUGUAAUUUAUGAAAGCCAUGUGUAAACUUAUUUCUAGACCUAUGCAUAUUGCUGAAAAGAUAAAUGGCGCACCUUAUAGAGAUGAUAUGUAGGUAUUACCGCCUAGCCUUACUUGCAAAAUCUUUUACCCAAAUCCAAACCAGUUCGUGGCUGAAUAAACACUUCCUUCACCUCUUGAA